AUGGACAACAAGGAAGUGCACGAAACGGAUCUCCGGUCGUCUCCCGACUAUGUCACUGAUCAAGAGCAGAAUGUCGCCUUAAACAUAAACCCGCUAGCGGAAGUGCCAAAGGGCAGAUGGGAAAGGUCCUGGCCUACUAUUGCUUGUGGUGCAGGCCUUUUCUCUGAUGGCUACCUCAACGGUGUCAUUGGAUCGGUGUCGACCAUGUUGCAGCUGAUCUAUGGCGACGCUUACACUUCGUCAUCUGCCAAAAGUGCGGUGCCGAGCAUUGCAUUCGCAGGUACAGUCGUUGGUCAUCUCUUCUUCGGUGUCUUGAGUGAUCAUUGGUCUCGACGAAACUCCUUACUCAUAUCAACAAUCAUCCUGAUCCUCUUUUCCAUCCUUUGCGCGGGCUCAUAUGGCGCUGGCGGGAGUCCGCAAGGCUUGUUUGCAGCUCUUUCAGCCUAUCGAUUUCUUAUUGGAUUGGGUAUCGGAGGAGAAUACCCGGCAGGGUCCGUCGGUGCCGCAGAGUCCACCGGCGAGUUGAAAACAGGACACCGAAAUCGCUGGUUCAUAUUCGCAACCGAUUUCCAAAUCGACCUCGGUUUUGUCAUCAGCGCUUUUGUUCCGAUGAUUGUCGUUCUUGCAACGGGCGAAAGCCACCUUCGAGCAGCGUGGAGAAUAUGCCUGGCUUUGGGCGCGAUCCCACCGUUGAGCCUGUUAUAUCUUCGUAUCAAACUACAAGAACCAGAACAGUACAAGCGAAACAAGAUGCACAAAUUUCCAAUCAAACUAAUUGUUAGGUUUUACUGGUGGCGUCUUACCGUCAUCUCUAUCAUCUGGUUUGUCUACAACUUCUCUGCUUACUCUUUCGGCAUCUUUGCAUCCUCCUGGCUGGUGUUUAUCCUCCCUAGUGACGCUCCACUCUGGAAAUCUUUCGGCAUGGCGACCGCCAUCAACAGUUUCUGGCUUCCUGGAUCCUUCUUUGGUGCUUUCUUGUCUGACUGGAUCGGUCCGAAAUGGGGUCUGAUAUUGGGAGUCUUCUUGCAGGGCAUUGUCGGGUUUGCCAUGACAGGGGCAUAUGGCGAGCUCAAUCAACCUUCACGAGUCGCCGGCUUCAUCAUCUUGACUGGAUUGUUCAUGGCCCUGGGCGAAGUCGGCCCAGGGGACAACAUCGGUCUGCUCGCUUCGAAGCUCACGUCCACACCCAUCCGAGGUCAGUUUUAUGGGAUCGCAGCGGCGUGGGGCAAAGUCGGAGCGUUCGUCGGCACAUAUGUAUUCCCACUGUUGAUCGAUGCCGCUGGUGGCGACAAGGUCAAGCAAGGACAAUAUCCGUUCUGGGUCAGUAGCAGCUUGUGCAUCUUCAGUGCCGUCGUGGCUUUCUUUGGUCUUCCCAAUGUCGGACAGGAUAUGAUUGAGGAGGAAGACGACAGGUUCAAGGGAUAUCUCGAAGAGAAUGGAUACGACACAAGUGGUAUGGGGACGAAGAGGUUCCACGAGGAACUGGCUAGAAGCUAA